AUGUCUAGUCAGCGUCUUGUCCUAGGCCUCCCACGUGUCUUGCCGUCGCUGCCGCCUUCGCCUGCGCCGCCGUGUCGUCCCUGCGUCGAGGGUAGGCUGCGCGCCACCCCUCACUCCUCCUCCCUUCGUCCGGCCACCGAGCCUUUUGAGACGCUUCACUUGGACGUCUGGGGCCCAGCCCCUCGUCUAGGCCCUGAGCGUGAGCGUUACUUUCUGGUGGUCGUUGACGACUUCUCCCGCUACACCACAAUGUUCCCUCUUACGAAGAAGUCUGAGGUGACUUCUACGCUGAUCAGGUGGUUGCUCACCACUGAGGACACUCGUGGUCGUCGUGUCAGCUGUCUCCACUCCGACCGUGGGGGUGAGUUUCGCUCCGGCAUUCUCGCUGGAUUCUGUCGCGAGCAGGGCAUUCGUCAGUCCUGGACGCUUCCAGAGUCCCCACAGCAGAAUGGGGUUGCUGAGCGCCGCAUAGGCCUGGUCAUGGAGAUCGCCCGCACCUCCCUGACUCACGCCUGUGCCCCCCAUUUUCUGUGGCCCUACGCGGUCAGGUACGCCGCACACCAGCUGAACCUCUGGCCACGUGUCUCUCGACCAGAGGUUUCACCGACCAGUCUUUGGACAGGGUCCCCUGGUGUUGCGUCGCGGUUUCGUGUCUGGGGGUGCUUGGCUCUUGUCCGCGACACCUCCGCGGACAAGCUCUCGCCUCGUGCCGUCCCCUGUGUCUUCCUUGGUUUCCCUGAGGACUCCUCUGACUUCACCUUUUACCACCCUCCCUCUCACCGGUUCUUUGACUCCCGUGACGUCCGUUUUGAGGAGUCCACUCCGUACUACGUCAGGUGUGUCCCAGGCUACCCCUCCUCCUUCGGUAGCCCCUCCGGUACAGCCUCCCUCCCCACAGUCCUCCUCGCAGCGUGCCGCUGGUGCUAG